AUGGCGGACGUUGAAAUGGACAUUGACGAGCCUGGCUCCCCGCAAGCCACCUCGGCCAAGGUCGGCGACAUGCAAACGCACUCCAAGGCUACCGCCGUCCGAUCAAUUGAGGGCUGGAUUAUCAUGGUCACCAACGUGCAUGAGGAAGCCGAUGAGGAAACACUGCACGACAGUUUUGGCGACUACGGCGAGAUCAAAAACCUGCACUUAAACCUGGACCGACGCAGCGGUUAUGUAAAGGGAUAUGCGCUCAUCGAAUACCCGACUCUUCAAGAAGCGCGAGCUGCCAUUGACGGCGCCAACCAAACGAAGCUCUUGGACCAGACAAUCGGUGUGGACUUUGCGUUUGUGCGACCACCGCCGGGGAAGGGCAACAGAGGAGGCCGACAGUCGCAUCGCGGUGGGAGGGGAAGGAGUCGCAGCCGGAGUCCUGGGCUUGAACAUGAACCUGAACCUGAAAAGGAGGAGGAGGAAGCUCAGUAA